AUGGAGGAGGACACUCAGCAUUACCCUCCCCGGGUCUGUCGCAUCUGUCUGGAAUCCGUGCUGCCUACCUUCCAAUCCUCAGAAUUCCUUCAAAAACCUCGAGUGGUUUAUGAAUCCUCGGAUCCAGAAUCUGGCCGUCUCCUCAGUCCUUGCCAAUGCAAAGGCUCCUCGCGUUAUGUCCACGAGGGCUGCCUGCAAGCUUGGCGUCACGCCGACCCGAAGUACGGGACGCGGAAUUUCUGGCAAUGUCCCACUUGCGGUUUUCAGUAUCGCCUCGAGCGUUUGACCUGGGCUCGAUGGAUCAGUAGUACCACGACACAACUAAUUCUCACAAUCGCCAUUCUCAUGUUAACCGUCUUCCUCCUUGGAUUCAUUGCUGACCCCAUCAUUGAUUUUUACCUUGGCCCCGUGGAAGUUUACACCGAACUGGUCGAGGAAGAUGCGUCUUGGCUAGAGCACUUCCUCAAAGGCUUGGCAUCUCUUGGCCUCUUGUCUGUACUCAAGGCAGUCUUUGCGUUGUCACCUUUCCCAUGGAACAUGCGGUCCCUUGCCUCGGGGCGAAACUCGGGACGCAACCGCGCCGCCCAGUUGAACUGGCUGGUCAUCUUGGUCGGCGUUGGUACUUUUCUAUGGGCUGUCUACAAAGGUGUCCGCUCCUGGAGUAGGCGUACUCUAGAAAAAGCCGGCGAGAAGGUCAUGGAUGUGCCAUUGCCGGAUGAGGACAUGGAAAGUGAACCAGCGCCCAACGAUAAUUCUAAGCAAGACUGA